AUGGAUAGCAAUACGUUUUUAAAAAGUAAUUCUAUAGCAAAAUUAGAUAAUUUGGAUCUAAAUGUAAGUGAACUACAUGAGAAUUUACAUAACAAUGAGGUUGUAGCAACAUCUGAAUAUAAGGAAGCGUUUAAUGAUGUAUUCAAUAAUUAUGAAGACACAAAUACAGUUAAGAAGUAUGGGAUCAGCAAAGAUUAUGGAACUAGAGUAAAACGGCAAAUCUCAGGAACACAAGAUAAUAAAAUGAUGAUCGGGACAUUUCAGGCUAUAAUACGACCUAUGACCGUAGAUGGGGAUCUACUCGACAAUAUUAACAAUUCACAAAACACUACAGAGGAGGAAGUGCAA